CUGAAAUCGAACACGUUUGUUUUAAAAGUCUCACCAUUGGAUUCAUAGUUGUCUGAAGUACACGUAGAUUAAUGGCCAGGGUGUAUCAAUCUUCUCAGUUCCAGAGAAUGAAUCUGGGUACUGUUUUUGAUUUUAGAGAUCUGGACAAAAAUGUCCAGGUUCACUUGAAGAACGUUUACAGCACUUUAUCCGUCGGUUUGAUAUUAUCAUGUGUUGGAGCUUACUUGUUUCAGAUAUCUCACUUUCUACAGUCUAUGGUCACUGGUCUAAUGAUUUUGUCAUUCAUUGUAUCCCUUGGUUGCUCUUUAUUCAUCUAUUUUACUCAACAUUCAAGAGAAACACUGAACUCAAGACUUGGUGCCUUCUUUCUAUUUUCUUUCUCUACAGGCAUUGGAUUUGGCCCCCUUCUACAAAUUGUGUCAAUCAUCAAUCCUGAUACUAUUCCAACUGCCCUCCUGGGCACCGCUUUGAUUUUCGUCUCAUUCACUUUGGCAGCGUUGUUUACCAGAAAGCGAUACUAUAUUUACCUUGGCGCUGCUCUAAUGUCUGCAACAAGUAUGCUGGCUACUUUUAGUCUUAUGAAUUUGUUUAUUCGUUCACCGGCUAUAUAUGAGGCUGAACUUUACAUUGGAUUGGCUAUAUUCUGUGCAUUUGUAGUUUUCGACACCCAGUUGAUUGUUGAGAAACGUCGUUGUGGAGAUACAGAUUUCGUAUGGCACACAUUGGAUUUGUUCAUUGACUUUGUGGAAAUAUUCCGCCAUCUACUCGUCAUCCUCAAUUCUAAAAGGAGACGGGAUCGUGACGAGGAAUAGACGCAGUGCUACGGCUGGCGGUGCACAUCAUUUUCGUUUGUUUAGAAUUGAGCUUACAGUCUGUCUCUCUUUACCACCGUCAUACAUACAAUUUUUCAGUGAUUUUCAUUCAUUCACACACUGGUUGGUAACAAUCUAUUUAACUUAAAAUUAAAUUUUGUUUAACUGUUUUCUGCGAAUAUUUGUCCCGUCACAAAAUAAAAACGCGCUAACAGUAUAAAACAAAAAAUACCAAGUUGAGACAGUGUUUGUUCUUGUUGAUUCUAAGAUUUAAAAUUUUGAUGAAUUAAAUAAUCAGCAUUAAUACUAAUCUAUAUACACAAACAUAUUAUUAUUUUUUUCUCUCCUGCUUGUUUUUUUUUGUCGUUGUCAACCCACAUAAAAAACACCAAGAAUUUCCUUUUUUUGUUUUAAUUUUCAAUGCCUAUGGUAAUACAAAGUAUAUGCCAAUAACACACACAUUAUAAAUGUAUUCAUAAAAAGUCCUUUUGUUUAUAAAAGCUAAAGGCGCUCAGCGAAGAAGCUACACUCCUCUUUUUGGCGAUAUCAUUCUCGCAAGUUGUACACUCGCAUAUAAUGUAUAGUUAAUUUUCUUAGCAACAAAAUGAAUACCUC